CAAUUUUACUCGCCCAGAGCAAUUUGGCACGAGUGUUGGCAAUUAUAUCCCAUGUGAGAUGAUCUUGAACUCCGUCUCGUAUUCUUCCCCACAUCCUCCCAUCCAUUUUCUACCCCAGAACAUCAGAUUUCCCGCAAUUUUCCCAUUAGCAGUCCAUCGAGAGAUACUCACGAGUUAACACAGUGCCUCCGCAAGAGUCCGGGAAACUGUGCUAGAAGCAUGAGCGUUAAAAUCUGUGAAGUUGAAGAGUGUUCAGAGAAAAGAGAAAAAAUGGGAAAAGUGAUGGAAAUUAUGGGGCUACCUGAUUUGUGUGCUAAUCCAUGUGGCUCGUUCAGUGUGAUCCCCAUCCACAAACGUCCAGAUCUUAUUGAAUCGUGCGCCAAGCUCAUAAAUGACGAAUGGCCCAGGAGCCUUGGAGCGCGAAUGGCCCAAUUGUGCAACUCCUCAGAUAACCUCCCAACUAAUCUAGUCCUCCUUAAGAGUGACACGAUCGUUCUAGCUCAUAUCAAGAUCACUCCAGUGCCCUGGGAUGUGAGUGCGUGCUUCCUGGAGUCGGUGGUUGUGGCAAAGGACUGCAGGGGCCAGGGAUUGGGUACCUACCUCAUGCGACAUGCUGAACAGUAUUGUGCCCAGAAUUUGCAUUUGUCCGUCAUCUACCUCUCAACAGUGGACCAGGUGAGGUUUUACGGAAAGCUAGGGUAUGUGGAGUGCGAACCUAUUUCCAUCUACGGCAAGGUUAACUUCAAAAGGCCCACGAUGACGAGAAAGUUUUACAUGAAAAAAGUACUCAAGAACCCCGAAGACGACGAUGCCAAUGCCAAGGGGAGAUAGCAUACGCCUCAUAAAUCAUCAAGAGAUUUUGAACGCCUUCCAAGUCGCCAGAUGUACAGUGAAAUUAUUUAUUGAACAUUUAUUUAUCUCUUCCGGACAUGAAUUAGCCUCGCUUUACAGUGGCUAUGCCAAGUACACGUCUGAUGUACUGCUCCUGCGUGAGGCAGUCUACGAGGAAUUUGCCCAGGUCCAGUUUAGAGAUGGUGCGUCCGGGAGAUUUGUCCUGGAGCACCUGAAAUUCCGCUGAUGGUUCAUCUGUUCGGAAGAUAGAGAGAAAUAAAGACAGCGAGAUUAGAAAUUACUGUUAUAGAAUUUUACAGGUUGCUCACAGAGUUCAAUAGUGUAAAUGAAAUUCCAAGUAUUUUUAAUGCCAAAAAGAAAUAGAAAAAAGCUAUGAAAUUGAACAAAUUGCGGAGGAAAAUAAACUACAUAUUUUAUUUAAAGAUAAA